CUCCAAUUCACGGUCCUCCAACGCUUGCAGCAUCAAUCACUUCACAGGCGUAUGCAUCCAUGACACCGAGCGGGAUGGUGCGCUCCAUGAAAACAUGGGAAUCAAGGGGCUUUACGACCAGCUUGGUCCCGGCGAACGAGUAGCCUUAUCCAAAUUAGCGGCCGAUUCCUUUCGACAUCAUGGGCGACCACUUCGCAUAGCCGUCGAUUUCGCGAUAUGGCAGUUUCAGUCCCAAGCGGCCCGAGGUGGCACCAACCCAGCUCUUCGGACCUUGUUCUAUCGACUCGUCCGACUCAUGUCUACACCCGUCGACCCAGUCUUCGUCUUCGAUGGCCCUGACAAACCGACUUUCAAACGGAACAAGCGUGCAGGGAGAGGUGACACAGCCACUAUCAGCCAAGCCAAGCAACUCAUAAGGCUUCUUGGGUUUCCGAUACACGAUGCUCCUGGCGAAGCGGAGGCAGACUGCGCGCUGCUACAACAGCGUGGGGUUGUUGAUGCGGUGUUGAGCGAGGACGUUGAUACCAUCAUGUUCGGCUGCACCCGAUCUUUGCGGAAUUGGACAGCUGAAAGCAGAACGGCAAAAACACCAACGCACGUCACACAGUACGACAUAGACGCCAUGGACAUCGCAGGAAAGGGCCUCGACCGCGAGGGCAUGGUACUGGUGGCCUUGAUGAGCGGUGGCGAUUACUUGCCAGAUGGAAUAUUAGGAUGCGGUGUCAAGGUGGCCUGUGAAGCUGCUAAGGCCGGCUACGGCAGGUCACUCUGCAAGAUCAAGGCGUCGGACAAACAGGCCCUGGCGGAUUGGAGGAAUUCCUUGAUCCAUGAGUUGAAGACAAACGAGAGCAAGUUCUUCCGGAUCAAGCACAGUGCCCUCGCGCAAAAGGUUCCAGAAGACUUCCCGAACAUUGAAGUCCUGCGUUAUUAUACGCACCCGGUCGUUUCUCCUCUGUCGACCGUGCAGGCAUUAAAGGAUCGCAUGGCACACCACGAGCAGCGGCCACUCCGCCUACAUGAUCUCAGAGAGUUUGCUCGCACUGCCUUUGGUUGGGACUAUAGGGUCGGCGGGAUCAAGUUCAUAAGAGUGUUGGGAGCGGCACUGUUGACCCGCCAGCUUCUGCGUGGAAACGAGGAACAUAUCGAGAGAGUCGCGGGCAGCCGAGCACACUUCACCACCGAUGGUCAGAGAGAGCUUCGGCUCAGAUUUAUACCAGAGAAUGUCGUGCCUGUGGACCUGACCGAGGAAGUUGACGAGGACAUUCCCCAGUCGCGGGGCAGUUUGGCACUUAACAGUGAUGACGAGCUCGACGCACCGGACGAGGAGAUCAGUUCUUCGCAGCCAACUACCAAAAUAUUCGACGUGAGCAAACCAGAUCUUGCCUGGGUUCUCGAAGACGUCGUCAAGAAGACGGCGCCAGUUGCGUACCACGACUGGCAAGACGCCGAGCGUGUCAAAGCCCUUCGCAAGUCUCCGAAGAAAAAGAAGGCCACAGCAAAAGGCGCAGCGAAGACUUCAGUCACCUCGGGAGCCAUGGACAAAUUCGUGCGGGUCACAAAACACGCCAAUCCGCCCGUGACCGCGUCUGUGAAGGAAAAGGAAAAGGAGAAGGCUAAGAGCCAGAGCCGCAACGACACCGAGCUACCUCCGCCAGGCCCUCCGCCACGACCAUCAAGUAAGCAGCUCCCGCCAAGUCUCAGUGGCAUGGCCAAGACAACAGACGAGGCGGACAUGCGCUUACCUGGUACGCCCUCUAGGAAUAGGAACGGAGGAAGGUCGAUUAUCGAAGCCAUACUUCUCUCGUCGAGCCCCUGUGGGGCCAAGAGCCCAGUUGGUGCAAUUGCCUCGCCAGAGACCACAAGUACUCGAACUCACACGCUUGCCUCUUGCUCUCAGGACAGCACUGGCACCGUACCUUCGCAGCGUCGCUCGAGCCAGAUUUCGAAAGGGUUAAAGCCCCAAAAAACAACGAAAUCAAGCAAAAUUGCAGUGAAAAAGACAGCUACAUCCUCAGGUGGCCAUCCACAUAACAGGCAAAGCUCGACCGUCUCGUCGUCAACCACAGUCUUCAAACAGACAACGCUGGAAAUGUUUGCGAAGCAGGCUCAUACCCCACCGCCCACCCAGGCGGUAAUGUCAGGAUCAUGCGCCAACAACAAAGCAGAGUCCAUCCCGAGGGGUACCAGGCCUACACGACGACCGGAGUGCGCGGGUCCACGGGCGCCAGAGCAAAGCACAUCUUUGCUGCUCACAGAGAGUGAAGACGACGAUCUACCCCCUAUCUCGUCUUUUAUCUCUCGCACACCAACACAUUCUUCGCCUCUUGGGAAGAUUGUACCAACGGCUAAACCUCUGUCGCCUAGUAAGCGGUGCAGCGUUGGUCCCCCACCUGAACAUAGGGAUGGCAGCCCCAGCCCUCAGCCACGUAGGAAACGUCUGCUUGUACCGAGAACCAGCAGUGUAGGAUUCUUCAAGGUGAUCGAGGUUGAUGAAGAGCAACGCGAUGCAAUUGUCGCGACUGAGGAAGCGAAGCUCAGGAGUCGAGGACUUUCCAGUCAAAAGGUACUUCGACAGAGUGAUGUGUCGCUCAUUGACCUCACGCAAGACGAUUAAUCAAUCUGUACAAUAAGCGCAUGACUUUUUUGUUGCCGAUGUUCAAAGGUUGGCAAAGGGUACUGGGCUGUUUGCAUUGCGCCGGCGUUAAGGGUGUGCUACUGUACAAUACAGUAUGAUAUCAUGUCAGUUGAGACUGGCCAUGGCUGGAAAGGGGUCGCCCCCGAGAGGUAGUAUCAUUGUCCACAUGCGCCU